AUGCCCAGGAUGGACAAUUGUAAAGAUUUUCUAAGUUGGGUCGACCCUGAUACGUCUCUCAAUAUUUUCAAGUGUCUGGAUGAUCCAGCAGAUCUAGCCCGCGUCAGUUGUGUUUCACGAUCUUGGAGAGACUUUGUGGUUGCAAACGGCCUUUCUAAGCAGUUGUGCUUGAGAAUGUUUCCUCAAUUAUCAAGAGUUGCUUGUGUUGUUGAACUAAACCAGGACGGAGUGAAGGAACACUCAGAGGUUGGAUCUAGCCAAUCUAAUGAAUGUCUAGCUCUAUGGAAAGAUCAUAGAGUCUAUAGUUAUCUUGCUAGAUCCUGCUUAUCUCCUGUUGCUAUGGAUUGCAUAGAUAAGGCAAUCAGUGCUUCUAGCACUGAUAAUUUUCCUCAGGAGAGCAUUGUUAAUACUCUAGAGGAAAGAGACAACAUUGCUGGUAGAUUUUCCUAUUGGUCGAGUAGCGGACAAAGCAAUCCCAAUGUGCCUGAGACAUUAACAUACCAGUUGGCUUCUCAAAUAUGUGUUAUUACAGAAAUCAAUAUUCAGCCUUUCCAAGCUCACUUUCAGAUGGGGUCGCCAAUAUAUUCAGCAAAAUCUGUUAGGUUCAAAAUGGGUCAUCUUAAAGCCUCUUUAGAUGAUUUAACUGAUGCGUUUGUAUGGACCUAUACAUCUCCGAAGUUUCCAAUGGCUCAGGUUUGUAACUUCUUAUAUCUUAGCUUGUUUCUAUUUUUAGCCGGUCCAAAAUGGGGACCAUUUUCUUCAUGGUGCUGUGCUUGGCUUGAAACCAUAGGUCUUAUUGCUGGGAUAGGGACUCAGGCGUAUGCAGGAUCACAAACAUUGCAGAGUAUAAUCCUACUCUCGACAGGCACGAAUAAAGGCGGAGGGUACUUUGCCCCGAAAUGGCUAUUCUUAUGUAUGUACAUUGGCCUCACUGUUAUUUGGGCAGCAUUGAACACAUUUGCGUUAGAAGUUAUCGCCUUCAUCGAUAUAAUUUCAAUAUGGUGGCAGGUUAUUGGUGGAGCAGUGAUAGUUAUAAUGUUACCUCUAGUGGCACUAACUACACAAUCAGCUUCAUAUGUAUUCACAAACUUUGAAUUAGCACCUAAUACAACAGGAAUAUCAAGCAAACCGUAUGCGGUGAUUCUAUCGUUUCUUGUGAGCCAAUAUUCCCUCUAUGGAUACGAUGCUGCAGCGCAUCUAACCGAAGAAACUAAAGGCGCAGACAAGAACGGACCUAUUGCAAUACUAGGUAGUCUUGCCAUCAUUUCAGUAUUUGGUUGGGCUUAUAUCUUGGCACUCACAUUCAGCAUUCAGGAUUUCGCUUAUCUUUAUGAUCCAAACAAUGAGACUGCUGGAGCAUUUGUGCCAGCACAGAUAUUGUAUGAUGCAUUCCAUGGAAGAUAUCACAAUUCUGCAGGAGCAAUAGUUCUACUAUUUAUAAUUUGGGGUUCUUUCUUCUUUGGUGGACUUUCAAUCACCACAAGCGCUGCCAGAGUCGUUUAUGCACUGUCAAGAGGGAGUGCCGUUUUCGUUCCUAUGGCGAAAAUUGCAUCCAAAGCACAAGGUUCCUACAAAUGCUGUAUGGCUAUGGGCAGCAAUAUGCAAUAUACAAAGUUUGUUCUUCAGAUUCAAAUUCCAGGAUGGAUGAAGUUGUUAAGUCAAAUGGCUUUAAAGCUUCCAGAUGUGUCAAACCUUAAAUCGCUCACAGUUCUGUGCAAUGAGGACGGUGAAGCAAUUUUUUUUGACAAUAUAGCCGAUCCAGUGAUCCGUAAGAGAGUGAAGGCAUUGUCGCUAUUUAGAAAUGUAAUCAGUACAAACAAAUUAUCAGAGUUUAUCACUGAAAAAGUGUUCAUGCGUCUCUUCUUCAACAUGUUGUUUGAUGAGAAAGAAGGACAGGUUGACCAUAUGAAAACUGCAUGCAUCGAGACCAUUGCUUCUGUAGCUGGUCAGAUGGGAUGGAAGUCAUACUAUGCACUAUUGGACAAAUGUUUUCAGGGAACAUCCAGGAGUCCAGACAAACAGAAACUCUACAUACGCCUCGUCUGUUCUAUUUUGGAUAAAUUUCACUUUUCAGAACUUUGUCACACUGAAGAACCUAAGAAAGCUUUGGUUGGUGUUUCUGACAAGGGGAUAAGUGACAUUGUUUCUUCAAUUAAUUUAGGAAACUUUGGUGCAUCUGAUGUGAACACAGAUAUACAGACGUGCCUCUAUAAAGUUGUGCUUCCUAAAAUACAAAAGCUGAUGGAUUCUGAUUCAGAAAAGGUCAAUGUAAAUAUCAGUCUUGCUGCAUUGAAACUACUUAAGUUACUUCCAGGUGAUGUGAUGGACACAUAUCUUCCAACUAUCAUUCAUCGAAUUUCAAACUUCUUAAAGAGUCGUCUAGAAAGCAUUCGUGAUAAAGCUAGGUCUACAUUGGCUACUUGUUUAAAAGAGCUUGGAUUGGAAUACUUGCAAUUCAUUAUUAAGGUUUUGCGAUCUACCCUAAAGCGAGGAUAUGAACUUCAUGUCCUAGGAUACACACUGAAUUUUAUUUUGUCCAAGUGUCUCGCAAGUGCAGUUUGUGGAAAGAUAGAUUACUGUUUGGGGGAUCUCCUUUCUAUCAUAGAGAAUGACAUUUUUGGAGCUGUUGCAGAGCAGAAGGAGGUGGAAAAGAUAGCUUCAAAAAUGAAAGAAACAAAGAAGAAAAAGUCAUUUGAGAGCUUGAAAUUGGUGGCCCAAAACGUAACAUUCAAAAACAAUGCUCUAAAGCUGCUUGCACCAGUGACUACUCAUUUGAAAAAACAUGUCACGCAAAAUGUGAAAGGAAGAUUGGAAAAUAUGUUGCAUAGUAUAGCUGCUGAAAUCAUGUCAAAAGUACAAAAUGAACUCGAACAAGUUGUUGGCAAAGGUAUUCCAGUCGAAGAAACAGACAUAGCCAAAUUACCAUACAUGCAAGCAGUUAUAAAAGAGACGUUUCGUGUACAUCCACCAGUUCCGUUAUUACUACCUCGCAAAGCAGAAACAGAUGUUGAAAUUGGUGACUACAUUAUUCCAAAAGAUGCACAAGUUUUGGUUAAUGCUUGGGUUAUUGGCAGAGAUCCAAGUAAAUGGGAGAAUCCUAAUGCUUUUGUGCCGGAGAGAUUUUUCAAUAGUGAGAUUGAUUUUAAAGGACAUCAUUUUGAGCUUAUUCCAUUUGGGUCUGGUAGAAGAAUUUGUCCUGGUUUGCCUUUGGCUAUUAGAAUGUUGCCUUUGAUGUUGGGAUCUUUGGUUAAUUGCUUUGAUUGGAGACUUGAAGAUGGAUUGAAUGUCGAUGAUUUGAAUAAGGAAGAUGAGUAUGGGAUUACCUUGGAAAAAUCUCAACCUGUGAGAAUUGUUCCAAUCAAAUUGACUAAGCAAUAA